GAGGUUUUGAUUUCAUUCAUAAUUAAAAUUAUUUUUUAUAAAUUUUAAUUAUUUUUUAGAAUUUUUAAAGUUAGGAAUAUGAAUUAGGGAGGGAAACUUAGUGAAAAGAUUGUGAUUUCGUCGGCUCGCAGUUGAUUCGAGACGCUACAAACGAAGCCCUCCUCGUAUGAUUCGGUUACAAGGAGAUGAGACAUGGGAGUCUGCCUCUCAACUAUGCACAGCUGAGUUCUCUCCUCUCCCUCUGUGGUCGGGAUGCCAAGUGUCGUCUCGGCUCAUCGCUUCACGCUGCUAUCAUCAAAAAUGUCGACCAUUUUAGCUUCGAGGGCUGCAGCAAUCAUCGCGACGUCAUGUUUGUGUGGAAUGCGCUGAUCUUCAUGUACUCCAAAUGCGGCCAGCUGCUUGAUGCAACGAAGGUGUUUGAUCAAAUGCAGUACAGAGACUCGAUUUCUUGGAAUUCGGUCAUCUCAGGCUGUUUGAUUAGGAAUGAUUGGGAACGAGGGUUCUGGUACUUCAGGGAUAUGCGGCGCUCUGCGAUCGGGAGUUGCGACCAUGCGACCUUCACGACUGUUUUGUCGAUAUAUGUGCAAAUGGAACUCCUUCUUGGGAUCACAAUGGUGCAUGCUUUGACGAUUCGUAGUGGUUACGAGCAGGCGACUUCGGUAGGGAAUGCUCUCAUAAGUGCGUACUUCAAACAUAGGUGCUCGAAUUCAGCACAAAAGGUGUUUGACGGAAUGCUGGAGAGAAAUGUCAUAACAUGGACCGCUAUGAUUUCUGGACUCGCUCAAAGCCUAAUGUGCAAGGAGAGCCUGGCGCUGUUUCAACAUAUGCGUCGUGUUGAACAAGCUAAUUCUUUGACAUACUCAAGUUCACUACUUGCAUGCUCUGGGUUGGUUGCCCUUCAUGAAGGACAACAGAUUCAUGGGCUCAUAGUGAAGUCUGGGUUUCUCACGGACCUGUGUGUUGAGAGCGCUCUAAUGGAUUUGUACGCAAAAUGUGGCAUGAUGGAAGUUGCACUUCAGCUCUUUCAGGCUUGUAAACAUCCUGACGAUGUCUGCCUCACGUUGAUUUUAGUUGGUUUGUCACAAAAUGGAUUGGAGGAAAAAGCAUUUAAGCUUUUUGCUGAGAUAGUUGGAUCCGGGAUGGAGAUGGACGCAAACAUGUUCUCAGCUGUGUUGGGUGCAUUUGGUCCCUCUGCACCCUUCUCUCUAGGCAAGCAAAUACACUCGUUGGCCAUUAAGAAGUCUUUGGGAUCGAAUGUUUUUGUUUCCAAUGGGCUGAUCAACAUGUAUGCCAAAUGUGGCGAAUUGCAGGACUCCUCCAAAAUUUUUAAACAAAUGGAGAUUAAGAAUUCAGUGUCAUGGAAUUCAAUUAUAGCAGCCUUUGCCUGUCAUGGUCAUGGUUCAGAGGCACUUCGGCUAUACGAGCAUAUGAAAGCAGAAGGCAUGGAGCCGACGGAUGUCACGUUCUUAUCCUUGCUUCAUGCAUGCAGUCAUGUUGGUUCUAUCGAGAAAGGUAUGGGCUUCUUAAAGUCGAUGUCCUUGGAUCAUGGAAUCAUGCCAAGGAUGGAACAUUAUGCCUGUGUCGUGGACAUGCUGGGUCGAGCCGGACUUUUGGAUGAUGCCAAGAGGUUCAUAGAAGAUCUACCUUUGAAUCCUAAUGCUCAUCUUUGGCAGGCACUGCUUGGUGCUUCUAGCAUUCAUGGAAAUCUGGAAAUGGGAAGAUAUGCAGCAGAGCACUUGCUUCUCAUUGCACCAGAAUGCUCCGCUGCUUAUGUGCUGUUGGCAAAUAUAUAUUCAUCCGACGGGAGAUGGGAAGAACGAGCUAGAAUUUUGAAGAUGAUGAAGGAGAUGGGGGUGAAGAAGGAUACAGGAUCAAGUUGGAUUGAGGUUGAGAAGGAGGUUCACAUUUUUGUUGUGGAAGAUAGGGUUCAUCCCCAAGCUGGGCUCAUCUAUGAGGUAUUGAACGAGUUGGUUGCACUCAUUAGAGAUCAGGAGCAUGUGCUGCAUAAAAGGUCUCAGCUAUAUGGCAUCAAAAUGUAGGAAGGUAGAUUGUUACUCGACUUGAUACUCGACCGAAUUGUUGGGAGUGUGUCAGCAAAAAGAGAGCACUUCCAACCCAAUUGUUAAAAGAGAACUCAUUUGUUCAGUCAAGUCUCAAACUCCAGAUUUGAUACUCGACUUUUGCCAAUGAUCUACUUCUCCAUAAGAGUUACGACUCCAGUAUUCUUGUGAAGUCUUUUGAAGUUUUCUGUGAUUCAUCAGGGUCACCUGCAAAGUUUGAGAAAAGCAACUCAUUCUGUGCUCGAAGCGGAAAAAUGGUGGAAAAUUAGUAGAGAAAAAAUAAUUGCAGAAGCGAGAAGAGUGCCAUUAAUCUCCCUGAUUUUGGUACUGCAGGCUGGAAAAGUUAGUAGAGAAAAAUUAUUGCAGAAGUGAGAAAUUGGGUUGGAAGUGCUCUCUUUUUGCUGGCACACUCCCAACCAGAAGCGGAUUCGGCAUUGGAAAACUGGUGGAAUGGAAUACAAGGGUGGGUCCCAACAUUUUUUGUAGUCGAAUGGAAUAGAUCUGCUGUCUUAUAACUUACAAGCUGUUUUGAGUAAUUGUGGUGCAUCUUUAGAAAAGCAGUAUCGCUUGAGGUUAAAUGGAUUCAUGAUCUGCAUGCAUAUCAGAGAACUCCAAGUCCAAGUUAUCCACAUGUGGUCUCGGAAGAAUAUGAAGGAUGAAGGAGGUUUUAACUGAAGCACAGGAAAUGUAAGGGGAGAAUUUCUAGCAUGAUUGCUGGAUGGAAGAUGAGGCAAUUGGACUGAAAAAUGAUCAUUCUGUUGUUGCAGAAGCUGAGAUGAUUCGGCACGCUAAAAUUGCUAACUGGAUUGUUAGUUGCAAAUCGUACUCGUCUUUUGCCAUGUCUACAAAUUCAAAAACGCCUAUCAUCAAAACUGAAGCUGUUGGGAAGAUUUGGGUGUCGCAGGAAUUGUCUGAAGCAAGCGCUGGUUCUAUGGUUGGCAGUAGAGGCUCAAUGGAGUUCUUGUUCCAUUUUGACAUUACGAAGCUGACGUGUAGCUUUUUGCCAUUGCAGAUGUAAACCUUGGAAGGAAGCAGUUGAGGCAAUUCUAUGGUUCAGAUUAGUUGAUUCUCUGGUACAAGACAAAAUAGAACACUGAGCGGAAGUAGAAACCUGUUUUAUUAGCAGCUGUUGUUUGUAUGAAUGGUGACAAAGAAAUCGUAGAUUAUCUUCAGAAGAGAGCUCAAGAGUAAUGGCGUGAUGCAUCAAGUAAUCUCCUACAGCCCAUGUUUGUUUAAUCUUGUGAAUCCACAAACUUCAUUUCAUACUUUGCUCUAUUGGGCUGUAGGGGAAAAUGAUCCAUAACAUUUUUUUCAUUUGAUAGUUCAGACUGCAUCGGUAAACUUGUAAACAGUCCAAAACAUGCCUUUUUUAACCACCAGUAAGAGCAUUGAAUGGGCAAAUGAUAAUGGACAAGCAAAUGACGUGGGUAGUGAUACAAUCCUACCACCCGAGAUUGUUUGAUCU